AUGUCGGAUGCGUCCUCCCGCUCUGGCGCCUGCUUUGCUGUCUCAAAUUCCGCGUCGCCGUCUACCUUCGUUUCUGCUUACUCUACCAUCCACAACGCCGCGUCGCUUAGCGCGUACUUGCUUCGGAAGCGCCUCGAGUUUGUCGAGCAUCCGAACAAGUUCACUCUCAAAUUCUGUCCAAACUGCCCGGACCACAAACACCGACGGGACAACCUGUUCAAACUCGAAGUCUUCAAAAACAGCGGGAACUGCUACUGUCACCGGUGCGGCUGGAAAGGCUCCUUCUUCGACUUGAAGACAAAACUGGGUGACCUGAAUCCACAGGACGUCCUCGCCGCGCUCCAGGCAACCGGGGGCGGCCCUCGCGGGUGUACGUACACCCCAGGGCCAUGGGAGGAAGUCCAACGGAGCCCGAACGGCUUCACGGACAGUGGAGCGCCAGGUGGAGGUUUCCUGGGAUCGGGAAUCGGCAGCAGCUUUUCCUUCGGCAGCCCGUCGAGGGGGUUCGAAGGGGCUCUCGGCGCGGACGGCCGGAUUCCCCCCGUCCUUGGCUGGGGACAGGAGCAACCCAACGGGGACCGGUAUCAUCCUCGAUUUGAAUCGUUCGCGGAGAACCUCGAGAGCGCAGCAGCCACCCGGCGAGAAAAGGGAGGCGAGCCCCCAACGGAAUCGAACAGCAAAAAGACACGAACCAGAAAGGCAACGUCCGAGACCGAAGGUUCCAACAGCGAAGCGCAUUCGCAGGACCAUGAAGACCGGGAUGGCUGCGGCCAACGCGUUCUCCAAUAUCUAACCGACAAACGAGGCAUGACACUGGAAACGCUGCGCGCAUACGGAGUCGGGUGCGUCAGCUUGUAUUUUCCUCCGCUGGACGCGAGCGCCAAAGGCCCACCUCCCAAAUGGGAGAGCCACGACUGCGUGACGUUUCCGUGGCAGGUCUGCUCGGACCCUUCCCAGAGCGCCUCUACAGAAGCCGAAGUCGCUGCAGCCUUCGAGCGUCAGCCGUCUUGCAGCCGGCCGGUCUCCGCGAGGACGCGCUUGCUGCGGUCGCGCGGCGCCUCGCAGAUUUCUUCUGAGCGAGACGGGAGUGGGGCCGAACCGUCCGCUCCGACUGCGUCCAUCGUGCGCGUCAAGGCGCGCAGCAUCACGGAGAAGAGCUGCAUGCGCUUGCUGCCUGCGGGCGGACAAUGGGGACUGUUUGGCGCCGGGACUGUGCCGGCUGAGGCCGACACGGUGGUUGUGACGGAGGGCGAAUUCGACGCCAUGAGUGUCUUUCAGCAGACCGGCCUUCCGGCAGUUUCCGUUCCCAUGGGGGCGCACUCGUUGCCGGUCCAAGUCUUGCCCUUCUUCGAGAGAUUCAAAAAAAUCAUUUUGUGGAUGGACGAGGACGCCGCAGGCCGCGAAGGCGCGGAGCUCUUUGCCUCGAAGCUCGGCAUCGGCCGAUGCUACUUGGUUCGAGGUUCGGUGGUGUUUGACGCGCUCCUCCGGGCGGGCUCUGAGUGUCUCGCCUCUGCCGAGUCGACGCGUGGAGAAGAAACCGGCGAGCGGAAAAGGCGGAAAGCUGCAAAGGACGGCAAGCAGAAGCGCGAGGAUGAGGCGAAGGAGCAACCGCGAGAUGGCGAUGGCGUUGCCUUGGCGGCCGAGGAAGGCCGAGAGGAUCCGGGACCGCAGGAUGCGCAGGCCUGUGGGCUUCCGGAUUUGCGCGGAGGCGUCCCGAAGGACGCGAACGAGGCGCUUUUGCGCGGCUUCGACUUGCGACUUUUCAUCGACAGCGCAGCGCCCAUUCCGCACUCGCAAAUCCUCACCUUCAGGGACUUGCGAAAUAGCGUUUUCGAUGAAGUGAUGAAUCCAGGCCGCGUUAGGGGCGUGCCGAGCGUCACUCUGCCGGCGUUCACGAGACUCCUCGGAGGUUUGCGUCGAGGCGAGCUGUCGGUGUGGACCGGCGGAACGGGUAUGGGGAAGACAACCAUUCUGUCGCAACUUUCUAUAGACUUUUGUUUGCAAGGACUGCCGACGCUCUGGGGAUCCUUCGAGGUAAACAACGUGAGGCUGUUGAAGACGAUGCUGCGACAGUUUAGCGGCGGCGAACUGGAUGGCGACCGUGCGCGGUUCGACUUUUUCGCGGACAAGUUUGCGAGUCUCCCUCUGUACUUUCUCAAGUUCCACGGAUCGACGGACGUCGACGAGGCAAGUGCCAGAGAAAAAGCUCGGGAAGCGCAUCCUCAGUUGAGACCCACCCGCGCCUGUUCCGCCCUCGAGCCGCUCGUGAAAUCCGUCCAACGCCACGCCGAGGAGCUGGUUGAGUUUUGCGAGGCGCCUCAGGCCGUCCGGGACGCGCGCUCGCGCCGAGCCACGACCGCGCCCUUACACGUGCCUGCAGUGUCGCGAUCUCUCUGGGAAGGCCCGUGUCCGCCCCGAUGGAGCUUCUUGGCGCGUGUUUGCGAUGGAAACGGAAGGCUUCGCGGCGGGUUUGGGAUCGCGCAAAACGCGGAAGUCAUCGACGCCAUGGACUACGCGUGCUACGUUCUGGAUGUUGGACACGUGAUUCUCGACAAUCUGCAGUUCAUGCUGAGCGGACAGGCGCGAGGCCACGAAGUGUGGGACAUGCAGAACUCAGCGAUCGAGAAGUUUCGGCGCUUCGCGACGACCAAGAACGUCCACAUCUCCAUUGUCGUUCAUCCGAGGAAAGAGGACGACGACACGCCUCUGGGCCUCUCCAGCGUCUUCGGUUCGGUCAAGUCUACACAGGAGGCAGAUAACGUCGUCAUUCUGCAGCGUCGCCGGCGCAGCCCGACCGGUCAUGCUGCGACAGCUUCUCGGUCUGGAUCUCGUCGCGGGGGCGCAGGCCUGGAGGGCUCAGCCUCGCCUCCGGGAGACAGCGCGCGGACGACGAACUAUCUGGAGCUCCGGAAAAACCGUUUUUCCGGCGAACUGGGAAACGUGCCGUACGUGUUCAACAAGAACAGUCUCACGAUUCGAGAGCUUUCGACGUCCCAAGUCGACGCAGAGGACGAGGCGGCUCUUCGGGCAGCUCUCAGCCCCCCUGACGGAGAAUGCCGCUCUUCUCGGAAAAGGGCGAAAGGCGCGGACCGGCCUGAUGCCUUUCCGCGUGAAGAGCUCGACUCGGGCAGUCCCGGUCUCCCCGAGGGCGAAGCUUCGAGCCUAGACCUCGACUCCGCAGGGCCCGCCGUGAUGGCCCACGCGUUCGAUCAGCUGCAAAGGCAGUGGACAGAUUCCCAAGCGCGCGGCACGGAACUGCGGAGUCUCCUGGCUCCGAAACGCGGAAGCGGCGGGUUUUCAGGGAGUUCUUCGUGCCAGCGAACCGCGGGGCCUUACGCGUUUCAAGUCUCCGCUCCCGGCGUAGCGCCCAGAACGUCUACCGCAACCUCCGGUCUGCUUCAGCAUUCCCCCUCGACCCCCGGCUCGUUUUCGUCCGUUCCUGGGCCGCCGCAGUCGCCCGCGAAUGCGUUGCAUGCAGCGCCGGCGUCAGCCGCUCCGCCUGGGUCUCUAUCGCUCCGCAGUCCGAGCUCCCCGGUGCCCCCGCAGCCGGCCGCGACUGCUCAGAUCUCCGUUGCCUCCGAAAAGCUCCAGGACCUCGUUUCCGCGCCGGAAGAUCCCGCGCCCCAAUCCUCGGCUGCGCUGUCGACAGCCAGCGGGGACACCGCGGCGCCGCGCACCCCUGUGCGCUCGCAGCCCGCUUUCGUCUUGUCUCCAGAGAGUCCGAUGCCGUUGCUGCGGGAGCUCGCCAGUGCGUUGCCCCUCGCUGAGCCGGUCAAGCUGAGCGGACCCAGCAGGACGAAGGCUGCUGUCUACGAAGACUUGCGGCGUGUCAUUGAAAAGCACCCGCAGAUGAAACGCAUCGCGGCUGCGGUCGUGAAAGACUUUGAGAAGAAGCAAAAGGAGAAGGCGGAGCGAGUGAAGAGCGGGAAAGACUCAGGAGCCGCGAACGCGCCAGCGAGCGACGCGUCGGGCGGCGAGGGCGACGCGAGAGGCUCGGCAGGGACGAGCUCGCAGAACGGAGGCAGCGGCGGCCGCGAGCCUCGCUCGCCUCCCGGUCCGGACGGCGGCGCUUCCCUGUCGCUCGACGACGCGCCUGGGUUGCGCCUGACGCUGCGUCAGGACGGAGAAGAGGAGGCUGAAAACCCAGUUGUCAAACUCGUCCCUGCGCAAGAGGUGCUCGGCCCCGUCCCCCCGGGCGAUUCUUUUCUGGGCGAGAGCGCCGAGGGCGCCGCUCGCAGACCUGGCACCGGCGACGCAACCCACGUCCACGGCGACGCGUGUCGACUCCAAGUCGCUCAACCGGUGGAGCCGCCGUCCGACUACAUCCGAUCCGACUUUAUUCUUGUUGACUCUGCCUGCAAGAUGCAACAGCUCGCUCCCUACCUCUAUCGCAUUCUGCAGACGCUCCACCCGAACGACGCACGAUACACGGCAGGAGGAGCGCCCAGCCAAGCGGAGACGGGCGAGGGUCCGGGCGGCGACGCGGAAACGGCGGGUGCCGCGUGGGAUCGAGGCCGAGGACCUAGUCCACGAACCGACUCUUCUGGCGAACGAAACGAGGAAUCCGGAGUUUGCCUCUCCAUGGGCGUCGACGUCGAGACAACCGGACUGGACCCAUACAGUGCGCGCGUGCGUCUUCUGCAGCUGGCCUUACCUGAUUUCCCCACUCUUCUGUUCGACCUUUUUGCGUUGCCUGUCUCGUCGCCGUCGCUCCGGGCCGUGCGCCUGCUGCUGGCGUCGCCCCGCAUUCGGAAAGUUUUCCACAACGGGAAAUUCGAUCUCUGCUUCCUCGCGGCCGCAGGCCUCGGCGGUCCUCAGUCUCGGCCCGCGCCGCGUACGGCUGAGCCUAACGAGGCUCUGGGGAAGCCAGAACGGUCUCCGCCUGAAGGCGACGUCGCGUCGGCCGAGCGCCCUCCCGGGGGAGGCGCGACGCGCCCCAAAGCAGGCACCGAGACGCCUGGGGCUUCCGAAGGCGCGGCGGAGCAGGAGGCAACUCCCACACAGUCGGCGGCCGCCGAAGCGCAUGCAGUUCCCCUGCUGGAUGCGGCGGUGCUGGGCGAGCGUCCGGAAAUCGGUGCGCUGCAGAGCGACGGGGGGGUGUACGUGAGCGGCCCGAUCUUUGACACUUUGAUUGCGGCGAAAGUCGUGGAGGCGGGAGUGAUGGGGACCGGGUUCAAACUGCUCCAAGUCGUCGAGCGGUUCUUGGGCGUGCUCAUGGACAAGCGCAUGCAGGCGAGCGACUGGAGUUCCCCGCACCUCUCGCAGGAGCAACUUCUCUACGCCGCCAGGGAUGCAGCCGUCAUGUUGCCGCUCCAGCAGCGCCUGCAGCGGAAACUGGAGGCGUACGACCUGCAGGAAGUCAUGGACGUGGAGAUGCGGUGCUUGCGACCAGUGGUGGCGAUGGAGUUGAACGGCAUGCAGAUCGAGCAUGCGCGGUGGAAGGAGCUGGAAGCGCAUCUCCGCAAAGAAGAAGUGAAGGCGAGGAAACGCCUCGCUGCGGAAUUGCAUGUGGACGAGACCACCGUAAACUUCAACUCGCAGAAGCAAAUGCUGGAUGCGCUGCGUGCGAUUGGCAUUCCGUCGCCGCCUCCAGAUCGACCGGCGUCGCGGUCUCGCGGCGCUCGCCCUUCGGCCUUUUCAGAGCAACGCGGUCUCGGUUUUGAUCAGCCGGCCGAGUUGGAGGACACCCUGCUGAAAGACACCAGCGACGGGACGCUCGCGCGUCUCACACAGUACCCCGCAGUCCAGGCGUUGCGCGACUACCGCAAGGCAGCCAAGGCAAUCACGACCUUUGUGGACAAACUGCCACAGCAUAUCAAUUCCGUCACAGGGAAAAUCCACUGCAGCCUCCACCAGUGUGGUGCAGGCAGCGGUCGCUUCAGCUGCGACUCGCCGAAUCUCCAGCAGAUUCCGCGUGAGCGCCGGUUCCGCGCGUGCUUCGUGCCGUCGGCGAAAGUUGCCGGUCGCCCCGGAAAGUUCAUCAUUGCAGAUUUCUCUCAGAUCGAACUCAGAAUCGCGGCGGAUCUCGCGUGCGACGAGCGCAUGAUCGAAGCCUAUCAAAAGGGUGAGGAUCUUCACAAGUUGACGGCUUCGUUGAUUUUGAACAAGCCUGCGUCGACGCUGUCAAAGGCGGAUCGUCAGCUGGCGAAGGCUGUGAACUUUGGCCUUAUCUACGGCAUGAGUGCCGAUCGGUUCAGAGGCUAUGCGUCCAGUGCGUACGGAGUGCAAAUGACGCCGCAAGAAGCCCGCGCCUUCCAUGCAAAGUAUUUCAGCAGCUACGCCGGGAUUACUCGGUGGCACCAGCGCCAAAAGGCUGAGCAACCGAGAGAGACUCGGACGCGCGCAGGGCGCAGAGCACUGUUUGAUUACUUUGCCUUCACCAAGUCUCUCAACUAUCCUAUCCAAGGCACGUCGGCAGACAUAACAAAAGAGAGCCUGGUGAGGCUUCAAGACAAACUCGCGCCUCUCGGCGGUCGCCUGGUCAUGUGUGUCCACGACGAGAUCAUCGCGGAAGUCCCCGAAGACAAAGCAGAAGAGGGCUUGCGAAUCCUCAUCGAAACGAUGGAGGCCGCGGGGAACAAAUUUCUUCGCUUCGUCCCGUGCGUCGCGGAGGGUGCAAUCGCCGACAGCUGGGCGGACAAGCCUUAG